UCAAAUGAAAUAACGAAAAAAAUGUACUGUUCAUCAUAUUCCCGUUUUUCAUUAUUGUCCCUGCAAAAACUUGCAAACCCAUCAAAACCCACCUCAUUUCCCCUCAACUUUACCCAAAUUAUACAAAUGAAUUCCUCGAUUUCCACCUCAAAAUCUGAAAAUAUUCAAUCCAAAUCGGCCCAAAAGUCAGUAAUAUACAAAGUCCCCGCAUUAGAAACUAAUGAAUUAGAAAGCAUUGCAAGACAAACAUUUGAAAGAUACUCUGUUUCUUCACAAAAUAGGAGAAAUGGUAAAGGGGUAUGCAUUGUUUGGUUUAGAAAUGACUUAAGAGUGUUGGAUAAUGAAGCAUUGUUCAAAGCUUGGGUUUCCUCUGAGGUUGUUUUGCCUGUAUAUUGCGUUGAUCCUCGGCUUUUUGGGAUUACUUAUAAUUUUGGGUUCCCUAAAACUGGAGCAUUACGUGCACACUUUCUGAUCGAAUGUUUAGCUGACUUGAGAAAGAAUUUACUGAAACACGGUCUAAACUUGCUAAUUCGUCAUGGAAAACCAGAAGACAUUCUUCCUGCACUUGCUGAAACCUUUGGAGCUCACACAAUAUAUGCCCAAAAAGAAACAUGCAGCGAGGAGCUGAAUGUUGAAGCAAGGGUACAUAAGAAUUUGCAGAAAGUAUCUCUUUCGUCUACAGCAGGCCAAUCGAUAGCACAAAAGGGUGCUAAAAUUCCUAGAUUGCAACUUAUCUGGGGAUCUACUUUAUACCAUAAAGAUGAUCUUCCCUUUGAUGUAAAUAACAUUCCUGAUGUUUACACGCAAUUUCGCAAGUCUGUUGAAUCCAAGUGCACAAUCAGACCCUGCAUCAAGAUACCAGCAUCACUUGGACCUCCACCUGAAAUUGAAGAAUGGGGAUCUCUUCUUUCUAUCAGCCAGUUUGGAUUAGACAAUCAAGAGGCAUGUAUAUCAGACCGAGGCCUGCUGUUUAUUGGGGGUGAGAGUGCUUCGCUCAGCAGAGUUCAUGAAUACUUCUGGAAAAAGGAUCUGCUGAAAAUAUAUAAGGAGACAAGAAAUGGAAUGCUUGAAUCUGAUUAUUCUACAAAGUUUUCUCCAUGGCUGGCAAGCGGGAGCUUAUCUCCCCGUUUUAUAUAUGAGGAAGUCAAGAGAUAUGAAAGAGAUAGGCUGGCAAAUGACUCAACAUAUUGGGUAUUAUUUGAAUUGAUAUGGAGGGAUUACUUCAGGUUUAUUUCUAUUAAAUAUGGAAAUAGAAUUUUCCAUUCGGGUGGGCCAAGGAAUCUAGACUACAAAUGGAGCCAGGACAAAACAUUGUUUGAAUCAUGGAAAGAAGGCAAAACUGGGUACCCAUUGAUUGAUGCAAAUAUGAAGGAACUAGCAACUACUGGUUUCAUGUCUAACAGAGGUAGACAGAUUGUAUGUUCCUUUCUUGUAAGAGAUAUGGGGAUUGACUGGCGUAUGGGGGCGGAAUGGUUUGAGACGUGCCUCUUGGAUUACGAUCCUUGUUCGAACUAUGGGAAUUGGACAUACGGAGCUGGUGUGGGAAAUGACCCCAGAGAAGAUAGAUAUUUCAGCAUUCCCAAACAGGCACAGGUGUACGACCCCGAAGGUGAAUAUGUAGCCUUUUGGUUACCAGAGCUAAAACGACUUCCUAAGGAUAAACGCCAUUUUCCCGGGUUUCAAUACAUAAAACCUAUUGUUCCGCUCAAGCAUGGAAGUACUAGUAAACAGGGCGGCCAAAGAACUGGCGGGCCUCGGAACAGACAAUUCAGGAGUACAAGAUAGUGAAUACAGAACUAUCCUUUUAAUGCAUUCAAAAACUAAGCUACAUUUUUUUUGUUAAGUUGAGGAAAUAUGAAGACAUGGGAUCUUAAAUUUGAUCUUUACUUUUUAUGCAUGUUCAUGUAUGUAUUGUUCAUAAAGAAGCUCUUCCAAACAUAAUUGUUACUUUGUUUA